UUCAUCAAUUACCUAGUCAAAUGUAUAGGUUGGAUACAUUGCGUCUAAUUUGUCUUACUAAUGUCAAGCUAUCGUGAAACAACCAGUUUCCUCCUGAAAAUCCCAUGAAAGAAUUGCGCACUCUUUUUGUUGAGCGGAAUGAUACGAAACAGGGGUUGCUGUGCGUCCUAUUAAUGCAGUGUCGCAGCGCUUCUGACGUUAGUGAGAACUGAGGCUUACUGAGGGAGAGGACGGAGAGGCGGAAGGAACACAGCCCAUCUGUUUACAAGGUGUAUUACCAGCAGCCCUGGAUUAAAAACAACUUGGAGCUAUACAUCAAUCAUCAAAUAAUAAAUGUAACCAGCUGUAAAACUUUCUUAUUCUUUGCACUAUCUUGUGUCCGUAUUGUUAUUUGUGGUACAAGCUGCCGGGCGAGAAAUACAAAGAAACAAGACGACUCCCUGCUGUCAAGAUAUAUUAUGAUUAUUUGUUACCAUUUAGCUUUGCAGCGAGCCCAAAGCAUGUACAGCUGGAGAAACUGUCAUCAAGCAUUACCCUGAAGAAUCCCUCAAAACACAGGGUUACAAUAGAUUCAGCCCCCUAAUGUUACAGCUGCUCCCCUCCCAGUGUGUCUGUGAAAGGGUGGAGACACUGGCUGUCACAUUACAAUCUGCACAACAUGUUUUGACUUCUACAUUGUGUCACAAAGACAAUUGCACCUAUGUAUUGUGUAUCCAUGUGUUUUACCAGAGGCAUGAGAUGACAGGAAGAGUAUGAAAUCCUAUCUGGUCAUCGAGUCAGGAAACUUACACCAGCAUCUUGCAGCAGGAACACCAGCACUUGCCUGGGACCAAGCCCAUCUCAGGAUUGCCAGUAGUAUCUUCCUGGGGGCUCUGUGCAAAAAUAAAUAAACACUGUUCUAAAUUCUGAAGCAUACAGCAUUUUUCCUUGACAUUUUCCAACAAAUCCUGACUUAUGAGUAAGUAAAAAAAUUAUGAAAAUCAAUUUUGCACCGUUUACAUGCUCAUUGUGCUGGGACACUAAGAGAUUCCUGAUACAUUUCUGACCGUGGAUUUAUAGAUAGAUGGUCCAUCAUGUUGAUGACUUGAGGCAUUACAAAUCUCACCGUCCCAUUUGUGCUUUUGGUUUUUAAUGAUCGUCCCAAAAAAUCCAUUGACUUAAGCACAGCAAAUUAGAGGGGAUGCACAGAAUGGUAGCACUAACAUUUCUGGACAAAAUAUACAGUUUUAAGAAAGAAACAUCACAGUUAAUUUUGGCGUUGUGGAAGGAGCAAAAUUGCCACAGAAUAAACUGUAGAUCGGAACCCUGAAUGAGCUUCUCUGUGCCUGCAACCUGAAGGAUGGAGGUGGUGGGAGAUUUUGAGUACAGCAGAAAGGAUCUUAUUGGCCAUGGGGCAUUUGCUGUGGUAUUUAAAGGGCGCCACAGAAAGAAAACCGACUGGGAGGUGGCAAUUAAAAGCAUCAAUAAAAAAAACUUGUCAAAAUCUCAGAUCCUGCUCGGUAAAGAGAUAAAGAUUUUAAAGGAGUUGCAGCAUGAAAACAUUGUGGCCCUUUACGAUGUCCAGGAAAUGCCCAAUUCUGUUUUCUUGGUUAUGGAGUUUUGCAAUGGUGGAGACUUGGCUGAUUAUUUACAAGCUAAAGGGACACUGAGUGAAGACACCAUCCGAAUUUUUCUACAGCAAAUUGCUGCUGCCAUGCGAGUUCUACACAGCAAGGGCAUUAUCCACCGGGACCUAAAACCACAGAAUAUUCUUCUAUCUUAUGCGUCCCGGAAAAAAGCUACCUUCAGUGGUAUCCGGAUCAAAAUUGCGGACUUUGGCUUUGCCCGUUAUCUGCAGAGCAAUAUGAUGGCUGCUACAUUAUGUGGAUCCCCAAUGUACAUGGCUCCAGAAGUUAUAAUGUCACAGCAUUAUGAUGCAAAAGCAGACCUGUGGAGCAUUGGAACAGUCAUUUAUCAAUGUCUUGUUGGCAAACCACCCUUUCAGGCUAAUAGCCCACAAGAUUUGAGACUGUUUUAUGAGAAAAAUAAAAAUCUUGUCCCUAGCAUACCAAGAGAAACAUCUGCUUAUCUGUCUGACCUGCUUUUGGCAUUGCUUCAGAGAAAUCAAAAAGACAGACUUGAUUUCGAGGGAUUUUUUAACCAUCCUUUUCUCGAUCAAGUGUCUACAGUCAAAAAGUCCUGUCCAGUCCCGGUGCCUACCUCUUCUGGGUCCAGUAUAUCAGGAAGCUCCUGUGGAAGCUCACCAUCUUGCCGAUUUGCAUCACCACCUUCUCUGCCAGACAUGCAACAUAUCCAGGAAGAAAAUCUGUCUUCCCCACCACUGGGUCCACCAAACUACUUGCAGGUGUCUAAAGACUCUGCCAGCACUAGCAGCAAGAACUCUUCUUGUGAUACGGAUGACUUUGUCCUGGUUCCCCACAACCUGCCUUCUGACCACUUCUAUGAUAUGACUACAGCAGCAGCUGGGCGAAGAACGUCAUCAAGCGAGUUUCUGAUGAGUGGAGGACAGUCACCACUGAACACUUCAGGAAGCAUGGGAAUUGUGCAAAAACCUACAGUUAACGCCUUACGUUGUGGUUCUUCAUCUGUGACCGCCAGACAAGGUCAGCCGCAAGUAUCGCCUCGCAGUGAAACUGCUCCCAUUCCUGUGCCAACACAGUUACGGAACUACCAGCGCAUUGAGCAAAAUCUUACCACUACUGCCAGCCCAACAUCUAACCCUCAUGGAUCACCAAGAUCGGGAGCAGUACGGCGGUCUAAUACUAGCCCCUUGGGCUUUUUAAAGGUUGGAUCUGGGUCACCCAGCUCUGCUGACAUGGUACAAGCUGUUGGACGCCGCUUAUCCACUGGAUCCUCACGGCCAUACUCUCCUUCACCGCUAGUUGGGACUAUUCCAGAGCAGCUUGGGCAUUGCUGUUGUGGAUAUGCUCAAGGACAUGAAUCUAGAAGCAGAAAUUCUUCUGGGGGUUCUCCAGUACCACAGUCACAGUCAACGCAACCUUUGUUGGGAGCCAGGCUGCAGAGUGCCCCCACCCUUACUGACAUCUACCAGAAUAAACAGAAACUGCGCAAACAACAUUCAGAUCCUGUGUGUCCUUCCUACGCUGGACAAGGCUUUGGCCACUCUCCUCAGCCUGCUCGGCCUGUCAGUCUUGGGGCUUCCCCUACAAAGCACAUGGGAUCGUCACCGAGGAGCUCAGAAUGGUUGUACAAAACUCCAUUACCUACAAUUAUUGGAUCGCCAACCAAGGCAACUGCUCCAUUCAAGAUUCCUAAAACCCAAGCAUCUUCAAAUCUGCUUGCACUGGUUAAUCGUCAGGGUCCCGUAGACACUUCUGUGCCAGCAAAAGAUACCUUAGAAGCAAGAGAGUUCUCCCAGUUUGUCUGCACUUAUGGAACAGAAAAGCAGAACCCACUUGAACAUGGCAAAGCCACAUUUGGAAGAUCUGUAAGUGCUGGGAGGCUUUCAGACCAGACUGGGAGAGCUACUCUUGGAGGGCAGCAUUACCAGGGCAGCACUGACAGUCUCAACUCAGAACGCCCAAUGGAUACAGUUCCUGCAGGUGCCUGUGGAGCUGCAUUGACUGUGCCCUUAGUUGGAAACAGAGGAGUCAUGUUCACUGUGGGAUCCCCCCCUAAUAGUGCCACCCCUCCAACUUGCACUCACAUGAUGAUGAGGACAAGAACUACUUCAGUUGGAUCAAACAGCUCAGGAGGCUCUCUUUGUUCCACAAGUGGCCGUGUGCUAAUGGGGUCUCCAUCUACUUUCAAUAUGGGCUCUUCUCCCCCUGGAGCAGAUGCAGCUCCAAGUCUAAAAUACAUGUCCUAUGGCACAUCACCGCCCAGCUUGGAAGACUUUAUCACUUUUGAGGCCCCAGAACUUCCUGAAGAAACUUUAAUGGAGAGAGAACAUACAGACACACUCCGCCACCUCAACCUCAUGCUGAUGUUUACAGAAUGCGUUCUAGAACUGACAGCAACCAGGGGAGGGAAUCCUGAGCUUUGUGCCUCUGCUGUGUCCCUUUAUCAGAUUCAGGAGAGUGUUGUGGUUGAUCAAAUAAGUCAGCUGAGUAAAGAAUGGGGACAAGUGGAGCAGUUGGUGCUAUAUAUGAAAGCUGCGCAGUUCUUAGCAUCAUCUCUACAACUUGCCAAAUCCCAAAUAAGAGCUGGAAAGCUGACUCCAUCUAGCACUGUAAAACAAGUUGUGAAGAGUAUGAAUGAACGGUAUAAAUUUUGCAUCAGCAUGUGCAAGAAGAUGACCGAGCAGCUGAACCGCUUCUUCUCAGACAAACAGAGAUUUGUGGAUGAGAUUAACAGUGUCACAGCAGAGAAACUGAUCUACAGCUGUGCGGUGGAUAUGGUACAAACUGCUGCACUGGAUGAGAUGUUUCAUCAAACAGAAGAUAUUGCAUAUCGAUAUCACAAAGCAGCGCUGCUUUUGGAAGGCUUAACAAAAGUCCUGCAGAGCCCGGCAGACAUAGAAAAUGUGCACAAAUAUAAAGCCAAUGUGGAAAGCCGUCUGUCUGCACUCUGCUAUGGGACUGUAGCUGUGUAUGAGUAGUAACAAUAUACUUUGGACCACGGGACUACAAGUAAAACAAGGGACCACUUUGUCAUACUGUACUGCUACUUCUAGUUGCACAUUCUGAGAUGACGUCCAAAGGAACCAGGCCACCACACUGGAGACUUCUCAAGGAAAAUAAUGCAGAGUAGUGAAGGUCACCAUUGUGCAACAUACCCAUGCCUUAUACUAGACACUCCUCAUCUGUUCUUGCAGGAAGAAUAUAUGCCUUCAGAAUAAAAAUAAGAUGGAAGGAAACAUGUACAGAAAUGAACUAACAUGGAUAUCUUGCAAGGCUCUUUUUAACAUUGAGACAAUAAGGAGCAAGAGUGCAUGCUCCCAAUAGCAAACCUUUUGGCAAGCAGUGACUUUUGGCAAACCAGUGAGACACAGGCAGAUUUAUGUUUCUUUAAAUUACAUUUUUUCUGAAAGGUUUUCACAGUAAAGUGUGAAUCCCAAAGAAGCAUCCAUGUUAUCAAUAUGAACAGAAUGGAGAAAAAGCACUUUAUUUUGAGUAGGAACGGGAAAAAACAAUCCAACAGCCAUGUGACUCGUUUCAUUUAUUUUACAGUCAUUUCUAACAUGGCUUCACAAUGUUCUACUUUCAAAACAAUUUAUUUUGCACUAAUUUCUUACAACUGUAAAUUAUAAUCUUAUCCAUAUUAAAAAAAAGGCACAAUGGACAUAACAAAGACGUUAUUGUAUUAUAUGCAUUAAAAUCAUCUUUGAAAUGUAAUAUGUAGCUUCCUAAAACUCCACAGACUACAAAGAAAUGAACCUGCUACCCUUUUUAUACCCAUUUUACUAAUACCUGAUUACAUCACUCUUAGUUUUCUCUGACAUUUAUUUGAUGUUAUUGUUUUGCUGUUUAUUGCUUUCUAUACAAGUAGUGUGUUGUGCAUGUGCUCCUUUAAACUCUUCUGGGUGUUACUAACAGCUAAUUGUAAAUGUAUUUCAUGGACAGUGUUAUAGGAGGAAAACUGUACCGUCAGUUUGUUUGUGGUUCUACUAACAUAGUGCAAUAGGUGUUAGCCAAUUAUAACUUCUGUUAUACGACUGAUCUACAUUUGCAAUAGACUGAAGGCCUGCUCACUUGGAUGAACAACAUACAGCAUAUAGUACAAGAUAUGCUGUUUGGAUGCAAGGGGGUCAUAGCUGUCAUGUUACAUGCAACAGCAGAAAACCUGGCUGCUCGGAUGCCAUAUUUUAGAAAGGAGUAUUUAUAAAAAUAAAAAACAGUGGUGCUACUUACCUGCAUCAUGUGUUUUGUGAUAUACUUUGCUUUGCCCUGUGACUCUUCGAGUAUAGCUUUAAACAUGCUUUUUUGGUGUAAUUAAUCAUUUUAAACUUAAGUUGCUAGUGCAACACAAUCAGCGAUCAGCUUUUGUCUCCCAUAAACUUUUAGCAGCCUUUCUACAUUGUGUCACUCAACUAUCACUGCUAUCUUUGUUAGGAACAUGUGUGUGUAUUUCAAAUAUCAUACAAGGUGUUAAAUAGGUGAAAAUGUUAUCAACAGUCAUAGCCAACCUGUAUUACUUCUACUGCCAGAGCUGGCUGAGACAUGCUGGAUUUUGUACUUUGCAAAUCCAACAUCCGGAGAAACAAAGGUUUCCUGCAGUUAGGGAUGUUACUGGAUUUUGUACAUUAGUUCAGAAGUGAUGAGGGUUGCCUGCUGUUGGGUGGUUUUGUACUGUACCACAAUUUCUGUAUCAGGGUUAAGAUUGCCUGCUGGCAGGAGACUAGAAAGAGAGCAGAAGAGCAAAUGGCAGCAGUUCUAGUGACUACUGAUUUAUCCAUCCUAUAAUGUACCAGCCUAAGGGCCUGGGCACACCGAGUGUUUGGUCUGCUUCUCUCAGCAUGUUUUUUUUCUUCAGGCUAAGAGAUUUGAUCAGCUUAUGCAGCUCCGUGUACCUGCAUUAAAAAGUAUGCAGUUACACGGAGCGGAGGGCAGCCUGAAAACGCCAGCUUUCAAGUUUUUCCAGCUGACCUCUGCUCAGCUCCGUGUACCUGCUAUUUUAAUUAAAAAUGAUUACUUACUGUUAGACAGUAAAAUAGUAAAUAACAGGUAAAAUAAUUACUUUCUUAGUAUCUGACUUCUCUAAUCUUGUACUAGCAAAUAAUCCAGAAGGCCCUUGCUGUAUUUUGGCUUUUGAGUAAGAAAAAAGGACACUUUUUCAUCUGGAAGCUCAUAAGUGACAACAGCACAUAUCUGAAAUAGCUCAUUUGUUUUUUACAUUUUGUCAUGCAUUUUUGUAUUUGUUUCUUACAUAUUAAAUACUUGAACGCCAACUUUUUUUCUCUCAGAAAUCUGGUUUUAAUCCCAUCUUCCAUACUACUGCCACAAUUGGCAAGGAAACAAUAACACAGUUACACAGCUGCAAAGCAUUAAUAAUUUCAUUUUAAUGUUUAGAAUGUGGUUUUAAUAUACUUGACAUUUUUAUGUUAUUUAUCAAGGAUUCUGCCAAUUAAUUUUCGAAGUGUUUAUUUAUAUACUUGCUUGUUAUAUAUAUAUAUAUAUAUAUAUAUAUAUAUAUAUAUAUAUAUCUACACAAAUGCAUAUGUAUGCAUUUCUAGGUCUUUAAUACCAUGUUUCUACCUCCUGUUUGUAAACUGCAUGCAUUAUUCUUAAAGCUAGGUAAUAACUCACUGAACUGUUGCAAAGUAGCCUUUUUAUUAUGGCUUGUAUAAAUGUACAUUAAGAAUAAAUAAAACCAACAGAAAACCUCAAA